CAGCCUGGAAUAUGCUUCUCAUGUCUGGCUGGAGGCAUUAAAGAGGUUCCGGUAGUGAUAUUUUUCGCUGUCAGGAAGUUUGUCGCAUUGAAGAUUCUUCUUUUUCUACUUUGUUUUGGGAUGAAAAGUUCACUGUCGUUGACGUUAGACUCCGUUCGACAAGUUUGUGAAAUAUAUGCUGUGUGCAAACAAAAGACUCUCCGUUUUUACUUUUCAGAUCGCUUCAGCAUUUCUGCCAAACGCUGCAGGAAUCGUACCAGUCCGAUCGAUACUCGACGCAGUUUUUCGUGGUAUUGACUGAAGUUAGCCUCGGCUAGCAUGUCAACGCCACUUUUCCAAUUCUGUACAGUCACUAAUGUUUGAUACCUUUUGCCUUUCCGUCGAUUUAUCUCGACGAGUCGGAGCUCAGCUCGUCUACAGCAUGUCGGGUAUAGUCCACCAGUCUCUCCCCUACUUUUGCUGUUCGCCAAGUUUUGGCCUGGGUGGACUUUUCAAAAACUACGUUUAGAGACAAGUUGAGGAGGCACGACGGGAUAACUUAACUGACAAAGUCCCAGAAAACAGGCAACGCUGUGGAGCGAGAGACCGGGAGACACAAAGACGGGAAAAUCUGCAAAGCAAGCAGGAAGAGUGGCUAUCAAAAUCACGGAAAUCGACUGGUCUUUUCCUCCGGCGUACUGUUACAAAUGGAUUUCAUAAAAGCUACACGAUUGUUGUUGCACCUUUUUGUGAUUCUUGUCAUUUGAGCAACUUUCUGUUCGCAGUGAGCCUGGAUACACAGUUCUCAGGGCCUGUGCUUGCAUUUGCCGUCUCAGGCCGUAGGUUUGUAAAAGUGACAUCCUGUGGUACUGUUGGAAAUGUGGAAAACCAUGUUUUCAAAAACACCGUUGUGGCGGUUGAAUAGAACUUUAUGUUUGGAGGCCAGUCUGAGCAGGCUGAGGUAGGAUCUGUCCGCUGGAACGGUUCCCUCCGACCCCCACCACGGUCCCACCUGACAGCCGGAGCUCUGCCGUUCAGAGGCACCACAUGUCGGUGUGGCUGCCCGACUUGGGUGACAACAAAGACGGUGGACAUUACGAUGCUGCCGCAGUGGCAAUAACGUUUGAACGGGCCGAACCAUCUUUGCCGAGCAGCAACGGCGGAAAAGUCAGCUGCCAACCGAGAACCUGUCCCAGCACCACCGCGGACGUCCCGGCUCCAGGCUGUGGGUGGGCAUUGGCACUGCAGAACACAAACUUCUGAGGAUAAGCAUAGACGACGUACACCAACAUCACCAAAAUGAAUGAGAGGCAGGCUCUCCACUCUAUAAUGAAAGACCUGGUGGCCCUCCAGAUGACGCGGCGCCAGCCGGUGCCAUCUUUUGACACUGGCAAGCCUAAGACAGUCUCCCAGGCCAACAGACAGGAUGAUGUCAGAAUAAAAUUUGAGUUCUCGGGAGAAAGGAGAAUCCUGAUGUUUGGCCGCCCUGUGCUGUUUGAGGAAGUCCAGCAGAAAGUCAAGACUGUCUUUGGCCGGCAGCUAGACUUGCACUAUAUGAACAAUGAGUUGUCCAUCCCUCUGCGAGGACAGGAUGACCUGGACAAGGCCAUCGACCUGCUUGACCGGAGUGCCAACAUGAAGAGCAUCAAAAUUCUGCUUCUCACACAAGAGCACAGCAACGCUUCGUCCUCCUCCCAUCACACAGUGUGUAAGCAGGUGAGGAUAAAGGCCUCCCAGUCCACUGGUGAUGUCAGCACGGUUUACCAAGCCUCAGAGCCAAGGGGGCGCCACCUAUCGACCGGUUCUCAGAACACUGGUCGUAGCUCUCCGCCCCCCGGGUAUGUGCCCGAGUGCCAACAAAGAAUCGCCCGCCAGGGUUCAUACACCAGCAUCAACAGCGAGGGUGAAUUCAUCCCCGAGACCAGCGAUCAGUGUGUACUGGACCCCUGGAGUAGCACAGAGAAUUCUGUAUCUGGAAGCUGUCAGUCUCUGGACAGCAGCUCUGACAGCCCCUCCCUGAGGAAGUCCCGCACGCACAGAGCCAAGAGCUAUCCCGACAACCGACAGGAGGGCUCAGACCGGGAGAAUAAUGCGUAUGACAGGGUGGCUGGGAAAGGAGGAACCUAUCCCCGUAGAUACCAUGUGUCCCUGCAUCAUAAGGACCACAGUGAAGGCCGGCGGACUUUUCCACGGAUACGCCGCCCCCAAGGGAACUUGUUCACUCUGGUUCCUUCACGGCGCUCACUCAAUGGUAGUGAGGAGAGCCUGGGCAGCUGGCAGCUGGUCGAUGCCCAGGGCCGGCUCCGACCCCAGGAGCGGUCCGUAGCCCAUAAGUCACCCAGUGCUCCUGUUACAUGGAGGCAGGGAAAGCUGCUGGGACAGGGAGCGUUUGGGAGGGUCUACCUGUGCUACGAUGUGGACACAGGGAGGGAACUGGCUGCCAAGCAGGUCCAGUUUGAUCCUGGCAGUCCUGAGACCAGUAAGGAAGUGAGUGCUUUGGAAUGUGAAAUACAGCUGCUAAAGAAUCUCCAUCAUGAGCGCAUCGUUCAGUAUUACGGCUGCCUGAGGGACCACAACGAGAAGACCCUCACCAUCUUCAUGGAGUACAUGCCGGGGGGUUCAGUCAAAGACCAGCUGAAGGCCUACGGAGCGCUGACAGAAAAUGUGACCCGGAAGUAUACCAGACAGAUCCUGGAGGGCAUGUCAUAUCUACACAGCAACAUGAUCGUUCACAGGGAUAUCAAAGGUGCCAACAUUCUGCGGGACUCGGUGGGCAAUGUCAAGCUGGGAGAUUUUGGCGCCAGUAAGAGGCUUCAGACCAUCUGCAUGUCUGGCACUGGCAUCCGAUCUGUGACUGGCACUCCCUACUGGAUGAGCCCAGAGGUGAUCAGUGGAGAGGGCUACGGCAGGAAGGCUGACGUCUGGAGCCUUGGCUGCACAGUGGUGGAGAUGUUGACGGAGAAGCCUCCCUGGGCUGAAUACGAGGCCAUGGCAGCCAUAUUUAAGAUCGCCACCCAGCCCACCAACCCCCCGCUUCCCUUGUAUGUCUCUGACCACACACGCGACUUCAUUCGCUGCAUCUUUGUGGAGGCCAAACACAGACCAAGCGCUGAGGAGCUCCUCAGACAUCCCUUCUCCCAGAUCCUGUGCUGAGUGCGCCCAGGGUCUAUGAUCCUAAACCGUGGUAUGGCUCCAUGUUGUUGGUAAAAUGCAGACUCCUUAGGAAGCUGUAUGGCCCUACGUCUCAAAAAAGCAGAGCCCACUGAACCAUGGAGCAGGCUGUCUAGACAAGUCUUUACCUUGAACCUAUCCAGUCUGUGCAGACUCUUCACAGUUUUCAUUUGCAGUUUUACAGACCAGAUCUGUUAUUACUAUUGACAGUCUCAGUCAGUGUGUGUUGCCUUCACAACCUACCACAGUAUAUGCCCUCACAGGAUUCACCACCAGAGGGCAGUAAAAUACACAUCAUCAAGUUGCUUAAGGUUUGGUGAUCUUUGUGUGAACCUGGCCCCCACCCACCCACACACACACACACACACACACACACACACACACCGACAUAUUCAUACACACUUUUAAACAGUGCACUCCAAAGUUACUUACAUACAGAGGUCAUGUGCCAAAUGUUUCUUCUAAACAUGCUUAAGUAGCCAGCUACUGUGUUUACAUUUCCUCAGCUGGCUGCUAGGAGACAUCCUUGUAGACCUGAAGUAUUUGACAUGACUCUCACACAUUUAGCAGGGCAGUUUCUUAAAACUCCAGCCGACCCACAGCAGAACUGUUGCCCCCAUGGCGUGGCUGGCGUGCACGAAUGUGUCCGCUACACAACAAACACGGUUAAUCAGAACCGAUUCUGCCUUUUGUGCCUUUAUUGACAUUGCUGAUAUCCAUCCUCAAGUUUCUCUCUGCCAAAGAUCCCUUUUUCGGAUCUUUUGUGAAUAACCCGGCCCACAGCCUCAUGCUACAUUUACAGCAGCGUGUCCGAUUCUUCUACCGACCUACCUUCUUCUGCAGAGUACCUCAGCAGCAAAUGUGUUCUCAUCAUAGAAUGUGCCAAAGAGAAUUGACUACAGGAUUUUAAGUCCAGUGUUGCCUCAGUUUUUUACUUCCAGUUGCAAAACAAAACCCAGAGGCCUUGAUUUAAAAGACAUUGCAUUUACCUGACAGUAUGUAUCAUUCAUGUGUGUCCGUGCCAAACAUCCCUGCCCAAGAGGUGUUUGGUUGAAGAUCUGUAUUAGUUAGAUGCACUUUUAUGUAAAAUGAAUGUUGUUGGUUUUGUCCUCCUUACCAAAUUUCUUUUAUUUUACUUUCAUGUGAAAAUUCUUUCACUUUUAUUUAUAUCCCUGUGUCAGUUCAGUUUGAUUUUAUAAGCAAAUAUAUAUUUAAAAUUAUAUUUUUUAUAUACAGACCAUGUCCAAUCUAAUGAUACUUUUGGGACAUGUUGUUAAAAGUGAUUAAUUGAAAGCAACUGGUUUUGCAGAGAAUACAAAAUUGGGGUUUAUGAGUGAAAAAAUUGGGUGGAAAACGAUUUCUGGCUGCCUAGUCCUCGUUCCAGUGCCAGAAACGAUCCCAAAUUCUGAGCUCUUCAUUUGAAUUAUUUGACUGCGUGACAGAUACCUUACCCAUUGAAAACUUUACAUCAAUUGGCAAUACCGCAUAGUUAAACUUCACAGACUUCUCCAAGCUCUUGUGGAUGACACAGUUAUUAUUGUUGAAGGCGGAGAUUACCUAGGUAAUGGCUGGAAAACUGAAAAAAAAUUGGAUAUACAGAUGAUUGCUUUUAUGUGAAGAGCAUUUAAUCAUUGAGAUGUCAGUGUUCUCUAACUGGUGUGUGCUUGUAAGAGAGAGAGAGCGAGAAAAAGAGGAACAAAAGAGAAAAAGAGGAGCAGGAUUGGACCCAGUGCUAGAUGCUAGAGUCCGCCUCCACCCAGCCAGACGACUUUGUUUAGCUCAGGGUUCACAGGACCAGUACUGAAUGAUUGUCUGUACAAAGGCCACUCUGAGCAAACACCUUGCUUAGGGCUCAACUCUUAACGCAUCAUUCUCACAUGGUCACUAUUGGCUAAAGGCAGCUAAAACCAGUUCAGCAUCAUGAGAAAAGUGGUCAUAGCUCUUUGGGAACCCUGGGAUAAGUAAAUGAAUAUGUGCUAGUUGUUUAUACACAACUAUAUAUAUAUAAAAUUUGUGUGUAUGUAAAUUUGAUUCUGUAUCAUGACAGGACUUGCAGUGCAAAGUCUAGUGUAUCAAAAUUAUUUUACAGCAAGAAGAGUAUGUUAAAAGACAGUGUUUUAUAUAUAUAUAUAAUAUAUAUAUAUAUAAAAUAAUGUUUUCUUUCAAAAAACAAAUAAAUGUUUAUGUUCUCUUGUA